GGUUGUUGUGACAGCGGGAGCGUACGUCCUGCUUCAUGCGUCUCUGUUUAUCUUCAGAUAUGCUGAGAUAGUCUCACAGAUGGAUUGAAAAAUCGCCUGUGGAACAGCCAUCCGCUUAGUGGACCAGUUGGUUUCGUGUUGUGUUUCAGUGCUUCUUGUCGUUUUAUAGUCCUAUGGACACGGAUCUUAUUGAGAAGAUGCCGUGCCACAACCAGCAGCUAAACAACAGUGAGAGCCCCGAGCACGCUACGAAGCACGUCCGCUUUGCCCGCAGCAGCACUCGCACUGCUGCAGAAUCCUGUCAGGGCGAAUCAGAACCGCAUCAAAUCCAAACCCCGAGCGACAUCCAACGACAAAUAGGACCCCAGCUGAAACUCUUGCCAUUAAAUGACCAAAUACGAGAACUUCAGACAAUCAUUCGUGAUAAAUCUACCAGUAGAGGUGAUUUUGUGUUCUGUGCUGAUAGAUUGAUUAGGCUAGUGGUGGAAGAGGGUCUUAAUCAGCUUCCAUACAGUGAAUGCACCAUAACCACACCAACAGGACACAAAUACGAGGGUGUUAAGUUUGAAAAAGGAAACUGUGGGGUUAGCAUCAUGAGGAGUGGUGAGGCCAUGGAGCAAGGCCUGAGAGAUUGCUGCAGAUCCAUCCGUAUUGGUAAGAUUCUGAUCCAGAGUGAUGAGGAAACACAAAAGGCCAAAGUUUACUAUGCAAAAUUUCCUCCUGACAUUAGCCGAAGGAAGGUUCUGCUCAUGUACCCCAUCCUUAGUACAGGAAACACUGUGAUAGAAGCAGUGCGGGUGUUAAAUGAACAUGGCUUGCAGGCCAAACACAUCAUACUACUGAGUCUCUUCUCCACUCCACACGGUGCACGGUCCAUUAUUCAGGAGUUUCCUGAUAUCACCAUACUGACAACUGAAGUCCAUGCUGUUGCUCCGACACACUUCGGCCAGAGGUAUUUUGGCACUGACUGACACACCACCAAUUACUUGAUUCAGCUGAAGCGGCUUGCGUGUGUUUAUCAUCCAUCCAGUAAAGCCUGAACAACCCACAGCGAGUGUCUGUGUGAUUGGUUUAUCAGGGCUGGUCUCUGUAUUUUUAUUGUUUUUAUGUACUGUAUUUUGUCUCCGUUAAAUAUUUUUGGAUCAUUUGGUCCAUUUUUGUUCAUCCCAGACCCUACCAGGACUAUUAAAUAUUAAGAAAAAAAAAAAAACUGUGUUCUAGACUAUGACUGAACAUCAAAGGUGCUGCAAACAAGAAAAUACAAAAGUUUUCUAUUAAACAAUUUGUUCAUUAUUAUUAUUAUUUGUACAUAAUAACAGUGUCUGCAACACAAAUGUCAUAAUGCAAAGUGAGAAUUCACUGCCAAAACAGAAAAUCAGAAAUAAACAUUUCAUCACAAAAUGAAUUCAAGACAUUCAGUCAGCAGAGACACCUGAUAAAGUGCUCUCACACCCUGAUCAGUAAAAAAGAGGUUUUGGAGACCUGAUCUAUCCUGCAGGAAGUGUUUCAGGUGAAAACUGAACCCUCACAUUCUCGUCUCCCUGUGGGCUGCUUGCCGUUCCUGAAAGCUUAACCUGUGUUUGUGAUCUUUCUAGAAAUCACCCCAGUCCACAGACAACAUAGAAAGGCAAAGUUAAGGUAUAGUGUGGGUGAAUAGUUCAAAUUCUCCUGUGUUUGAACAACUUCACACCAGCUUUGAAAGUGUCCUUGAAAAGGAGAACACGCACUUCUCAUACCUUAUAUCAUUACUGUUAGUCAUCUGCUGCUGUAGUAACAGAGACACCCUCAGGUGAGACUGACGUGAGAACAGAAAGAAAGAGAAAUGACUCGAAUCAGAAUUUUUGGUUGGGUGUAAACCUGCUGUUCAAGUCUCCCUAUCCCAACUCUUUACAUUAUUGCAAAAUAAAAUACUCCAUAUUAAGAUUUUUUAAUGUUUUCUACUUAAAAAAAAAAAUCUAAAUUUCAGGGUGUUUGUUGUACUCUAGAAAUUCUAGGUAUUUUAAGUCAAUUCAGAGUGUGUUUUACAGUGGGGGAAUGUAAGAGUAUGUGGUUCGUAAUCCUACUCUUUGUGCUUAUGUUUUAAAUUUCCAAAUUAAAAUGCAUUUGGAUAUUGUUUGUGGGGAUUUAUGUAGAAAAGUCAAGGUGGUGAAACCAUCCUGAGAUCAGAAAGAAGAAAUAAAUUAAAAUGAUUGAAUUCCUGUAAAAUAAACACCUUUAACAGU